AUGAUUUGCCUCAGUGAGGUGCUCCCUGUUGCUUCUGGACCUUCAUCCAGCAGUUUCAGUAACCGGAAGAGGCCUGCACAGAAGCAGACAAAAAACUCCCAGAGAAAACCCAAAGCUGCAGCCUUGCUUUACUCUGAGCAGCGGACUUUGCAGCUUUCUUCCAACCCCAAAAUCCCAGCUCUUCCACUUGGUCAGGCACGAAGAAGGAAAAUGCAGGUGGAGCUGGUGCCUGGGGCAGCAAUACUCUUGCUUCUCUUUCUGCUCACGGUCUUGGCCUUCAGGUUUCACCAAGCAAGAUGCCAGCUCCCUCCUGGACCCAGGCCCUGGCUUUUUCUGGGGAAUCUCCUGCAAAAGGAUGCUGUGCCUUUGUAUAAAACCUACCAAAAGCUCAGUAAGAAGUAUGGUCCAGUUUUCACUAUCUGGCUAGGACCAAAGCCGAUGAUUGUGCUUUGUGGAUAUGAGGCAGUGAAAGAUGCCCUGGUAAUUCAUAGUGAAGAAUUUGGUGGACGACCUUCUGUACCUAUCGUUGAUCAAAUAACCAAGGGCUAUGGGUUUGUUAGUGAAGAUGUCAAAUGGAAGACCCUGCGUCGCUUUACUCUUUCCACGCUACGGAACUUUGGAAUGGGAAAGAAGUCGAUGGCUGAGCGGAUGUCAGAAGAGGCUCGCUAUUUGGUGGAUAAGAUAGCAACCUUUGAAGGUCAGCCCUGUGAUAUCAUUCCAGCCAUCACAGCUGCUGUUUCUAAUGUGAUGUGCUCUAUCAUCUUUGGGAAUCGAUUCUCUUACGAAGAUAAAAACUUCACUGAGCUAUUGGAAAUCUUGAAGGCAUUCGUAGAUUUCUUUCUGAGUGUUCCUGGAAUGGUAUACAACUCUUUGCCAAGUAUCAUGAACUUCCUUCCCGGACCUCAUAAGAAAAUCUUCUCUGACUGCAGCAAGGUGUGUAACUUCAUUAGGAACAAAGUGGACUCUCACAAGAAGAACCUGGAUCCACAGAAUCCUGGGGGCUUCAUUGAUUGCUUCCUUCUUCAGUUAGAAAAGGAAGAAAAUUUUUCCAUUAUCUCUGUGGAAGACUUGGUGAUGACUGUGUUUGAGCUCUUCAUUGCUGGGACAGAUAGCACAACCAAUGCCGUCUCAUAUGGCCUUAUCCUUCUGGCCAGGUUCCCACAAGUCCAAGCAAAAGCCCAGCAGGAAAUCGAUGAGGUUGUGGGAGCAAACCGCGCCCCCUCCAUGGAGGAUAGGCUGCAGCUGUCCUACACCAAUGCAUUUGUUCAUGAGAUCCAACGUUUUCAGCAAUCGAGUAGCGAGAACUUCCCACGUAUGACAACCCAGGAUGUGAAUUUCAGGGGUUACUUCAUCCCUCAGGGCACAAUUGUUGUUCCAUUGUGGUCUUCGGUGCAUUUUGAUACUCUCUGGUGGGAGGAUCCUGAGAAGUUUGACCCAGGCCAUUUCUUGGAUGAGAAGGGUGAAUUCCAGAAGAAGGAUGCCUACAUGCCUUUCUCUGCAGGGAAGAGAGCAUGCCCAGGAGAGGGAUUGGCUCGCAUGGAAAUCUUCCUGCUCCUUGCCACUCUGCUCCAGCAUUUCACUUUUGAACUGUCUAUAGACCCUGAAGAGAUAGACUUAGAGGACUUGUUUCUGGGCUGUAGAAAGAACGGGAAUCAUCGCUACUUACGGGCCAUCAUCCGUAAAAUUUAAAUAAGUAACAGAAAUAAAUGAUUGUCUCAAAAACAUUAUUUCGCCACCCCACCCCUACAUUUCUAAUGCUAAGUUCAAGGUUGUAAAAGUAUCAGAAAUCCAUGAGUGCUGUAAAGUAGAAACAUCUGAAAGAUAUACCAGUAAGUGUCUGCUCUACUACAGCUAUCGCCUUCACCACCAUUACUACU